GGAAUAAUUCCGCUUCCGUUUGGAAAGCUUCAGCCUCAGUCCCGCCGCCGCCCGCUGCGGCCGCCCAGCUCCAGCUCCGCGUCCGGCUCGGCGCGCCGCCGCCAUGGCCACCUCCCCGCAGAAGUCGCCCUCGGUCCCCAAAUCCCCCACCCCCAAGUCGCCUCCGUCCCGCAAGAAAGAUGACUCGUUCUUGGGGAAACUCGGAGGGACCCUGGCCCGGAGGAAGAAAGCCAAGGAAGUAUCGGAGCUCCAGGAGGAAGGAAUGAAUGCCAUCAACCUGCCACUGAGUCCCAUCUCCUUUGAACUGGAUCCUGAGGAUACCAUGCUGGAGGAGAAUGAGGUGCGGACGAUGGUGGAUCCAAACUCACGCAGUGACCCCAAGCUGCAAGAAUUGAUGAAGGUGCUCAUUGACUGGAUCAAUGACGUGUUGGUCGGGGAAAGAAUCAUCGUGAAGGACCUGGCUGAAGAUCUCUACGACGGCCAAGUCCUGCAGAAGCUCUUCGAGAAACUGGAGAGCGAGAAGCUCAAUGUGGCGGAGGUCACCCAGUCUGAGAUUGCUCAGAAGCAAAAGCUGCAGACCGUACUGGAGAAGAUCAACGAGACCCUGAAGCUUCCUCCCAGGAGCAUCAAGUGGAACGUGGACUCUGUUCACGCCAAGAGCCUGGUGGCCAUCCUCCACCUGCUGGUUGCUCUCUCUCAGUAUUUCCGGGCACCUAUCCGACUCCCAGACCAUGUUUCCAUACAAGUGGUUGUGGUCCAGAAACGAGAAGGAAUCCUCCAGUCUCGACAGAUCCGAGAGGAAAUAACCGGUAACACAGAGGCUCUCUCUGGAAGGCAUGAACGGGAUGCCUUUGACACGCUGUUCGACCACGCACCGGAUAAGCUCAAUGUGGUGAAGAAGACCCUCAUCACAUUCGUGAACAAGCACCUAAACAAGCUGAACCUGGAGGUCACAGAACUGGAGACACAGUUUGCAGAUGGGGUCUACCUGGUGCUGCUCAUGGGGCUCCUCGAGGGCUACUUUGUACCCCUGCACAGCUUCUUCCUGACCCCAGAUAGCUUUGAACAGAAGGUCCUGAAUGUCUCCUUUGCCUUUGAGCUCAUGCAAGACGGAGGGCUGGAAAAACCCAAACCACGGCCAGAAGACAUUGUCAACUGUGACCUGAAGUCCACGCUGCGAGUGCUGUACAACCUCUUUACCAAGUACCGGAACGUGGAGUGAGGGCCGGGGCACCUGCAGCUGCCUGGCACCUCUCACUCUACCGUCUGGACCAGCUUCUGAACCUCUGUGCUCUGCUUGCUCCAGUCUCUGGCUCUACGCUCUUCUGCAAGCCUAGCAACUGCCCAGAGAUAGUGGACAUUAAAAAUCAGGAAGGAAAUGACCACUAUCCCAUACCCACUGACCACACCCACAGUCCCAGCAGUGACCUGUACCCAAGUUCAUUAACCUCCAUUAAAAUAGAUGUCGUUACCCCCUUUUACAAAUUAGAAAACUGAGGCUCAGAGAUGGGGAGACUUGCUACCAGCUAGCAAUUGUCUUUACUCUGAGCAAUUUAUUGGUUAAUAACUGGUCGGUGGCAUUCAUUCUGAGUAUGUUCUGAAGUGCACAUGCUCAUGCCACCUGCCCUGCUGAACACACCUACAUCCCCCCACCCCCACCCCAACAGACAGAAAGCUCUGAUCUCACCCUAGGGCGAGCCAGGUCAGAGUUCGGUGAUUCACACUGAAAUUGCCAAAUUGAAUUGAACCCAAUUAAUACUGUGUGUGGCCAGAGCUGUAUCCCUCAAAUCCUUUGUGCAAAUGAAAAUUACCCUUAAUUCCUUCAGAUGGGUAAUAAGCCUACGCUCUGGUUGUGGGGUGGCUUUUGGGAAGAGUUCUGUUUGGAAUUAAUGGAGUGGUGCAUUUUGCAGCCUUUUUGCUUGAUUGCGUGUAAUGGAAGUGCCCUAUAUUUUCCUGCAAAAUAAGUACUCAAUUCAUUAUCGUUAGGCAAAUGUACGAUAUACUUGGGCACCGCAGAGAGCGCAGGCCCAUCAGAACAUCGCCUGGGAAGUAAGGCUCUUCAACAGGGACCCUUGAACUUUAAAGAAAGGAACUCCUUUUCGCCUUCUAAUUGAUCAUUUAGACCAUUCUGGCUAUGUCUGCCCACAGGCAAUUACCAGCUAAUUCCAGGCAGAGAAAAUGUCAGUCAUUUAGACCGAAGCUGAGCAGUUCAUUCCCUCCUGGUUACUUGUAUCUCCUUGAUAGGAACCUGACUUGGAAGGAUGGAAUUCCGCUUGUACCAGGCUGCUACAAAGUGCCGGAGAGAAAAGGAGAUGAUGGCACACGGAAGGGCAAAACCUAGGGGGAUAUUGGCAUGCUUAACAGACUGGGAAUAAGUAACCUCAGAGAGAGAACAGUGACUAGGGAAAGUAACACUUGUGCUCUUAAAUUGAGUUGGUUUUGGAACAAUCACCUGUGCUAAACCUGUGUCUUUCUAGAAUUUUCAUAAUAUGCCAGGUAGACACCAACUUGUACAGCCGCCUCUGGAAGCAUAUAACAAGCUACCUUGUAUUCAUCCCUUGCUGGAACGAAAUGCCUGAUAAUAAGUGACUUAAGGGAGGAAGGGCUUAUGUUGACUCACAGUCUGAAGGCAUACAGUCCAUCACAGAGGGGAAGCCAUAACUCCUGACAUCAUGGAGAAUCAGGAAGAAGCCAGCAGAUGGGAAACCGGGUGAGGCUGUAAAACCUCAAAGCCCUCCUCCCUCCAGGCUCCACCCCCAAGGCUUCUACAGCUUUCCAGAACAGCAGCACCAGCUGAGGACAAAGGUUCGGUCAUGUGAGCCUCUGGGGAGGUUAGGGAGGUUCAUUGGGUAAACCCUGUUCUUGGUUUGAGGAGUCACUAAAUCUCUUUGUAUACAGAGUCGGGCCGGCCCCAGUUAUCCAAGACAUUCCCUGAGCACUCCCACUUCACUGUACUGACCAUCUGGAGUAGUCCAGAAAUCAGAAAGCUUAGACCCACUGCGUAGCUCCUUGGUUGUUUCGUUCUAAGGACUGUUGCUCAGCACAGUGAGCAUUUAAGAUAGGAGGGCAAUGUGCUGUCUUAUGUCAAUCUAUAUACAAGAACAAUUCCUGUUUUGUAUAAUUAGUGAAAUAUCCUAUUUUUCAUGAGGGGACACUAAAUGGUGUAAUGGUCCCCUUGCACUCAUUUAAAUUCCUGGUAGCAAAUCAAGAUUAAAUAAUGCUUCAUCUCCUUAAGCAGUGCUGAAGUGGGAAGAAACAAGAGCGAUGCAUCCAUUUAAACGCACUUUCCUCUUGGAAUUUUGUCUCUUGUUUUUUCUAGAUUCAAGCCAUAAAUACACAAGUGCCCUUGUUAAGAGCAUCCCUUUUGUAUUUCUUGUAUCUACAGAGGAAAUGACAUCAGAACACUUGGACAGUUUUAAAUAGCAUGUCAAAUGUAGCCAGGAAUGGUUCUUAAAGGUCUUUGCCUCAGGCCAGAAUCCCAGAGCUUGUGUCUGGUUUUAUAGCCCUGCCAUUUCUUGGAGAUAGAUGUUGGCACUUAGAUUUGGGCAUCUCCUACUUAAGACAUGAGCACCAUAUUGAAGAAGAAAGAAGAAAGAGACAUCAUCAUUCUAAGUAACCAAACAGCCUUCAUCUCUCCUUUUUAAAAAGGAAAGAGAGACUGAGAUAAGAGUCAUUUUGGCUCACAAAGAGUGAAUCCAUCAUGACAGGGAAGCCAGCAGGAGUGUGAGGAGGCUGGCCACAUGGUGUCCCCAGUCAGGAAGCAUAGCUAUGAAAGCUGGUGCUCAGCUCGCUUCUUUUUUAUUUACACUAGGACCCCAGCCCAGGGAGUGCUGGCACCCACAGUUGGGGUGAGCCUUCCCACCUCAGUGAAUCAUUCUUGUGCUUUUUUUAAUAGUUGAAACAUAAGUAGCACAGAACUCAAAAAGCAGGAAUAGUUUCUAAUAACCCCAAGUGUCUGUCUCACCUCUUCCCCCAUCGUCUCCACCCUCUGUGGAGAUAACUGUUUUGAGCCAUUUCUUCUGCAUGCAAAUAAAGCCUGAAUGUGCAUAUAGAA